CAACUCCCCCACCUCGCUCGCUUAAAAGCUCGCCUCGCCCCCGACCGAAUCCACCCUCCCACCACCGAACCCGCAGCCGCCGCCGCCAAACCACACCGCGCUCCUCUCUGGCGGAUAGCGGACAGCGAUUUUGAUCGGCGGUCCUCAGACCUCAGCCCAGCCCGGCCCGCGAUGGAGAAGACAAAGCUGCCGCUGCCGCUACCGCUACCCCUGGUGCACGGCGAGCGUCUGUGGGCGCGGCCGUGGCGGUGGCUGAAGACGGCCUUCUUCAUCGUGGCGAUGCUGGCGUCGCUGCUGCUCGUGUGCGCGCCGCCGCUGCUGGUCGUGCUGCUGGACCUGCUCCUGCCGCCCGCGCUGCUCUCCAGCUUCCUCCGCGCGCAGCCGCCCUCCUCCGCCUCCUUCGCCGCCGCGCUCGCCGCCCAGGCCAGGCCCUUCCGCUUCGCCUCCUCGCUCGCCGACCUCCCCGCGCUCUCCGCCGCGCGCUCCCUCCUCAUCCUCUGCGCGUACGCCGCGGCCGGAGGCGGCGGCGCCGCAUACAGGUGGGUCGCCGUCGCCUGCAGCGCCGCCUCCGUCUGCUACGUCCUCGCCAAGGCCGUCGCCGUCUUCGGCGCCGCGCCCGUGUGGCGGGGCAACGGCCAGCUCGUCGCCGUCGAGGCCUUGUUCCUCAUGUCGCUCGCGCUCGCCGUCGCCCACCUCGCCAUGGCGUACCGCGCGUCAUGCCGCGAGCGACGACGCCUGCAGCUAGUCUACAGAAUCGACGUCGAAGCGGUAAGACUGAAGGGAGGCCAGACGCCCAAGGCACUGAAGCAAUGCAUGAUAUGACACCCAUCUGCUCCUAGUAUCGCCGUCCCCGCUGGGUGGAGGUGGAAUUGGAAGGAAGGAACCUGAAGAUGCACGGCGCGGCGGUCUUCGUGGUGCAGACCGGCAGUGCAGUGCAGUGCAGGGGGCUCAUCCGCGCCCAAGUUUUGGCUCGAGAAGCUGUGCAUACCGAUCGCCGCGUCUGUCCGUCCACUCCCUCUGCGUCUGUGAAUGUGUGCCAGAGUGAACGUGUAGUGUCAUCCUGUACAUACGUAUGGAACACAACAUUCGUGCUUCGGCCUCCUGCAGCCAAUGCGAUCCAGGAUGAGCCGUGUGCCAGGUGCUUGCGUUGCCUCGUCGGCCCGGAAUUGUGAAUAUGCCUGUCACGUGCGGGCGGAGGUGGCAAAUGGGCAUCUCUAAAUUUGGUGUUUAUCCUGCUUUCAAGUGGAUUUGGAAGCCUUUUCCUCUUAGCUAAAACAUAAGAUCGCUCUUUUAUCUUCUGUUAAGAAUU